UCGGCUGCUGCAGCAGCGCGGCGGGCAAGCCAGCUCCUGUGUGAGAGAGUGUGUGUGUGUCGCACGCGAAACGAGCCGAGAAUCGGGCUGAGACACACAGACAUCUGACUGUCGGGGCGCGCCAGCCAUGCAGCUCGGCCUGCGGGGGCUGCUGGUGUGCGGCCUGUGGGGGCUGCUCGCCCCCCGGGGACACGCGAACCCGGACGCCAAGCGGCUGUACGACGACCUGCUGUCCAACUACAACCGCCUCAUCCGGCCCGUCAGCAACAACACGGACACGGUGCUCGUCAAGCUCGGCCUCCGGCUCAGCCAGCUCAUCGACCUGAACCUCAAGGAUCAGAUCUUGACGACCAACGUGUGGCUUGAGCAUGAAUGGCAGGAUCACAAGUUCAGGUGGGACCCUUCCGAGUACGGCGGCGUCACUGAACUCUACGUCCCUUCUGAGCACAUAUGGCUGCCUGACAUCGUGCUCUACAACAACGCCGACGGAGAGUACGUGGUCACCACGAUGACCAAGGCGGUGCUGCACUACACCGGAAAAGUGCAGUGGACGCCGCCGGCCAUCUUCAAGUCGUCCUGCGAAAUCGACGUCCGCUACUUCCCCUUCGACCACCAGACGUGCUUCAUGAAGUUCGGCUCCUGGACCUACGACGGAUUCCAGAUCGACCUGAAGCACAUCAACCAAGUGGCCGGCGACACCGGGGACAUGGUGGAAGUGGGCAUCGACCUCCGGGAAUACUACCCCUCGGUCGAGUGGGACAUCCUGGGCGUGCCUGCCGAGAGCCACAAAAAGUACUACCCGUGCUGCGCCGAACCUUAUCCAGACAUUUUCUUCAACAUCACCCUUCGGCGGAAGACCCUGUUCUACACGGUGAACCUGAUCGUGCCGUGCGUGGGCAUCUCGUAUUUGUCAGUGCUGGUCUUCUACCUGCCGGCCGACUCGGGCGAGAAGGUGGCGUUGUGCAUCUCAAUCCUGCUAUCGCAAACCAUGUUCUUCUUGCUCAUCUCCGAAAUCAUCCCUUCGACGUCGCUGGCGCUACCCCUGCUCGGUAAAUACCUACUCUUCACUAUGGUGCUCGUUGGCCUCUCCGUUGUCAUCACCAUCAUCGUGCUCAACGUGCACUACAGAAAGCCCAGCACGCAUAAAAUGGCCCAGUGGGUUCGAGCGAUUUUUAUUCGGCGGCUGCCAAAGUUGUUGCUGAUGAGAGUGCCGGAGCAGCUUCUGGAGGACAUGGCCUCCGGCACGACCAUCAACGACACGAUGAUGAGGCGGUCGGCGGCCGCCAGACAGACGACCGCCGGGAUGCGGCCAGUGUCGCCGCCCCUGCCGCUUAGCAACGGCCUGAGCAACCGUUUCGGCGGCCUUUCGGCCUUCAACGGCUUCUCGUCCGCCCUGGACGCGCACAGUGACGGCAGUGACCUUCUGCUGGACGGCGGACACCGCCGCAAGUACCCGUUUGAGCUCGAGAAGGCCAUCCACAACGUCAUGUUCAUCCAGCACCACAUGCAGAGGCAGGACGAGUUUGAUGCGGAGGAUCAGGACUGGGGUUUCGUGGCGAUGGUACUGGACCGGCUGUUCCUGUGGGUGUUCAACAUCGCCUCUGUGGCCGGCAUCGUGCUGAUUCUGUUCGAGGCGCCGGCCCUCUACGACAACACUGAACCCAUCGACAUUCGCAUCUCAGAAGUCUACAAGAAGCAGUUCCUGUUCGACAUCGACAAUUGAACCCAGUCAAUCAUGCCCGCAGCCCAUUUUUCAAUCGCCCCCGCGCCCUCACGAAUGUUGCAUGUUUAGCAAAACGAUAAAAAAGAAAACGAUCGAGCGUGCCAAAGGAAAUAUUUUUCCGCUCAUUAUCCGCAACAGGAACUCAAGACAUUUGUCGCUAAGAGAGGAUAUUCUAAAAGAUUUUUCGAGUAAUCAUGCGUUUUAGGAAGGUUAAGUAUCGCAAAAAUAUGCACAGUUCACUAUAUUCGCAUACGUAAAAUCGACACAGUUAAAACUACUAAAAUUGAAGUAAGUGUAAUUAACGCUAAAAAGAUAAAAUUUUGAAUUUAAAAAGGGUUAAGAGAGAUGACGUUGAAGAAUAACGAAAAAGAUGAUAAAAAUAUACACUCACACACAAUAAAACAGGAAACAAUCACUUUUCAGACACGCUUUUCUCAUGCCCUUUUGUAAUAAAAAGAUCACUGUACUUAUUA